UUUUGUACUUUCUUCCGAAAUUUUGUUACAUGCUUUUUUUCGAUUUGUAACUUCUUCGAACUUUGUAUUUACUUAAUCAAAAUGUCAAAAUCAUUUUCAUCGUUUUCCGUGAUCUGAGUGGUCGGUAUUUAGAAUAUUUUUUAAUAUGGCAAUUCAUGGCAUCGUGCCACGCCGUAACGCAGCAGAGAACUGAAGUGGAACUACUCAAGGCGGUCUGCUCCCUGAGUCCCUUUAGUUUCAGCAUUUCAGGCAUUCCUUGUUGCUACCAUAAUCUCUCAAGAUGGUAUUCUCCAAUGCAGGGUUCUUCCACGCCUCCGAUAAUCGCUUUUUUGAUGAAGGCAUCGCGUACUGCAGGAAACAACAGUUUGAAAAAGCAUACCAAUGUUUCAAGAGACAUCUCUCUCAGAACAGUUUCUGUCAGGAAACAUUUCAGAUGAUAUCCUACUGUCAAUACAAAUUCACGGAAAGUAGCGCAAGUAACGUUAAUGACCUAUCUGUUCUAUCUAAACGGUCUAAAAGCAGCCGAAGAACUUCAUCAACUGAUACAAAAGCUAUGAAGAACCUUGACUACUGUCAACCCAUCUUUAAUGGGAAGUCCAGGUCUCGGAUAUUAAAAAAUAGGGAAGAGAAGGCGGUCUCGAGCAGUUAUUCUCUGAAUUUUUCCAAGAAAAAUAAAAAGCUUGCUCCUCUUUUUGUCCCUAAGACCUCUGAAAAGCAAGCAAGUAUUUUGCUACGAAGUAGUCUGCAUUCACCAGUGCAUACUGAUAGCGCUUCAUAUCAAGGAGAAUCAUCGAUCAAUGGAAUUGUCUCUGAUCAAUUUAUCAAACAUAAUGAUUCAAGAAUCCUUUCUCUAGCUCAGAUUAUGAACUACCAAAUGGAGAUAGAGUUAUUCUUACGUAGUCUUGAUAGCAUGCUCUCUAAUGUAGAAGUUCUAGUCAACUCUUUGAUCGCCAAAGAGAGGAAACAAAAUUCCCGCUUAUCAAAUUUACUAAAAACUUUCCACGAAAGUGAAAUCUAUAGCUCUUACUUGGAACCACAUGUUUUCCCAAGGAACCAUGAAGAAUUGGCAUUCUGGAAUCACUCUCUCCCUCACUGUCAAAGUGUUUCACUACAAUCAUCGUCCUUUGAGAAUAGAAGUUGUGACAACUCACUAACCAAAACAAACAUUUAUAAUUUAGAAAACGAUUUUUGUAGAAAUGAAGAGAAACAUACAGGGUCUGAUUCAUCCCGGACUUUACCCAAAUGCUCCAGAAUUUCGAGUGAUGAUGGGUUCUACGAUUUUGCUACUCGGCAUCAAAGUAUGUCAAUGGAAACAGGAAAAUUUGUCUCAUAUGAAUCUGAAGCACAAGUCAUAGAUAAGGAAUGUGUCUUGCUUGAUCAUGUCUUGAAUAGUGAGCACAAUAAUGGUAAUGAACACAGUGAUGAAAGUCUUGCAAAUACAACUUCACAAGUCAUUGAUAAUUCUUAUUCAUAUCAUCAUACUGAAAACCUUAACCAAAAUGAACUUCCUCACUCCGCGGAUUGUAAUGCUAUCCGAUCGGAAAAUGUCUUGCAGCCUGAAGUGGGGCAAGUGAUUGAUGAUUUGAAGGUAUCUGAUUGUGUACAAAUAAAAUCUGAUACUUCAAUUGGCAGCUCCUAUAGCUUAUGUCAUGAAGCUUUAGUUGACACUCAACCCUUAUUUCAAUCAAAAUAUCUUUCGAAGAAAUCAGUAAUUUCGGAGACUUGUUUCUCUCCACCAUGGGAGAGAAUCUCCUCCUUUACAUCUGCAAAAAAAAUCGUCGCAAAGAGAAAAUUUCUUCCAAGUGAAAAUGAAGUAGAAGAAAAUUGCAAACGCAUGAGAGUGCAUAGAAAAAAUCCAAUUUAUAAAGACAGAUGUUUGCAGGACUGCCAAUGGAGGAAGAAGUUCAAGCAGCAGCAAGUUACAAAUAACUUGACUGACUCAGCAGUCGUUGAUACUCGCUCUCACUGUAGAAUUCAACGUCUCCCCGAAAACAUUGUAAGAGCCGAUGGUGCAAUUCACCUCAAGAAUCUGUAUUGCAGUUUUCGUCUCAUGAAAAAUGUUGCUGUUCAAACAGAAUCUUGCGAUCCUAGGUUGCAUUCAAUCACCACCAUCAAAGCCAACAUGAGCGGUGCAUCAAGUACUGUAAGUCUGUUCCAUUCUACUUCUCUUGUUCCAGCGCAUGCCAGUCAGAGAAGAAAGACAUUGAUAGUAACAAAUUCUGCAUGCCCAGCAAACUGCUUGAAUAUUUUUAUCAACAAAGUCCUUGCCGAAAUAAUGAGCAGUGUCUCCUCCUUUCCAAUCGAUUUCAGUCCCUUAAUUUUGAGCGUCGAUCAGGCUCCUCUUUCUGAUCAUGAUGUUAAAUUGGACCUAAUUCCUGCAUCAAGCGAACUUCUAACCUGCUCCAAUGUAUGUUUACGCCUUCACGGUCAUUAUAUUGAGUUCAAAAACUUGCGUGUGUACCAAGUAGAUCCCUUUUGGUUGCGCUACUUGGAGUGUCAUACAUCCAAAAACAUUGAUUCAGGUCACUCGCAGUCGCAAGAUCUCGUUUCGUUCAUAUACCCAGAACGCAUAAUUCUACAUUCCCUUAGCACAGAUUUGUACAAUCUCACUUUGCUUGCCGGUCCCUUUAGAAUAAGAUUUGUCAAUUUUAAAAGCUAUUUGAGCUCUUGUUUUGAUAAGUAAAUGUCAUUAACCAUGUGGUAGUUUCCCACUCUAUUUAGUAGAAUGUUACUUUCUGAAAUGUUUCAACAAUUGAAUUGCUCUUUCUAGUCUUAUUGCUGACAGAGCCUCUACUGUAGUCCAACUGAAAUCAGUUUUUUAUCUUUAUAUUAAUACAUACUCCAAAACAUCUCUUAUGAAUACAUUCUAGAAAUUCUUAAGAGGUGACAGGAAUAAUAACCAUAUGGUGACUGCAUGAUAAUAUUGAGGUCAUGGUCGCACUAGCCCGCAAAAAUUACAUUUGGAAGGAAGGCCAGUUAGAACUCAGAAAACCAGCCAAACUUCCAAUAUAUGAUGUAGGUGUAAAUAGUUUAUUUGAAUGAUAAUAUGAGCUCCUCGUUUUAUUCGCACAACUUUACAUUUCAACUUCGUGUAUGAAUAUUGGUGUUUUUCUCCAUUACAAUGAAUUGUUACAUGAAAAAUUCUUAGGAUUCAUGUUCAUUUUUGGGAAUGAAUUUUCUACUAAUGAUAAAGAAGACAGUUGCUGACAUUCUUCAAACUGAAUUUUUAAGAGACAGGAAAUCAUCGUUACCACUGUACCUAUUCAGCAUGUGGUAAUUUAAGUGAUAAAACGUAGUCUUGUAACAAGGCUGUGAUUCACCCGAUUUAGAAGUAAUUAUUUUUAACUAGUUUUUGUGAUAUGAAUUAAGUUACUUAAAUUAGAAACAUUUUUGUACAAGCUAGAGACUGCUGAAAUUUCGUACCUUUAGAAUACAAGCAAGAAUGUAUAUAGAAUUGUUGAAUUUUGAUCGAUCUAGUAUUAAAUGGGAUAUCUUCCUUAAGCAAAUCUUUCUACUUUAUCAGCAGGUUUAAAGAUUGCUUUCCAUUCUGCUAACAUUUUUUACGGAGCAAGUUAGCGAAACGUUAAAUUACAGAAGUCUCCAUUUGUAUUUGAGGACACAUUGAUGUCAAGUUCAGGUAUUAUUCAAUGAGGCAAUUUUUCUGCUUCUACUACAUGAGAGGGUGUACACAAUUCGAACUGGUACUGAACACUGAAUAAGUUCAUCAUCUUCAUGAAAUAAUUCUGUUCCUCUUUUUUUUUACCUCCUUGAUUCUUAUCAUCAGAGACGCAUGUAAAUGCUGUUUUGUGAUAACUAGAUUAUGCAACUUUAUCUGUGGUUUUAGUGUAUUUCGAUAUAUUUGUAGUCUAUUACGUAGUCUCUUCUUACUUGCAUAUGUAUAUCAAAUUUGUACGUCGUUAAACAUCAGUGUUAUGCACAAGAGGUUUUUGAGCCUAAUAAUUUUUCUGAGAAUCUAUCUUAUCGAAGUUGAAGCCUCAGAUUUACAAAUGGAAGUUUUAGGGCGUCAUUGUUAAACUGAGAUAGGCUCGAAGGCUACAUAAGCUUUUUGAUACAUAUAAUAUAAACUUCAUUUUGCCAAAUUCACAGCCUAAAGGCAACUUUUUCCAUGUUUUUGGAAAAUCGUAUACAUUAUUAGGAAUGUCAUUUUAUCUUUUUGACCAGAAAAUGAAAACCGUUAAAAAGUAAAGUUGAUCUGUUUUGGUAGAGGAUUAACAUACAAAUCUGUUGUCCCCUUUUGUUGGAAGCUUAUAUAUUCCUUUAAAGCUAAUUUUACAAGACAAAUUCGGCAUAUUAAAUAGCCUGUUCCAGACGCUCAAACUGAGGACUCAGCCUGGUGGCAUCAAUGUGGCUAUUGACUGUUGAACAUUUACAAAAACAAUAAAAACCGGCACAGUUUUCACAUUUAUGACAAAAAAAGGAGGAAAAGCCGUAUGUUUCGGUGAUUCUUGUUUUCUGAGGUUUGGUUCAAAGGUCAUCAGCCCACAGACCUUUGAAGUUCAACUGUCGACACCCACAUUGAUGCCCUCAGACUGAACCUCCACUUUGAGCGUCGGGAAUGGGCGAAUUAGUUUGGUGUGUAGCCCGUUUCAAGAGCUUUGCUCCCAAUUUCAGUUUGUGGAAACUAUUAAGUUACAGUCUCACAACAGAUCAUUGUAUGAAAACAGAAGUAAGUACUAUCCAUCAUCAUCUAUCCAGCUUUUUUAGUCAUUAUUCUCUAUGUUGAACUUUAUUUGAGAAUAUAAAGAUUUCUACUGUGAAUCAUUGUUCAUUGUUCGUCAUAAUCUUUCUGCUAAACUUUUUAGUAUGUAAAACUCAUGGUGUAAAGCUCAUGGUGUACUGUUGUAUUUUUGGUUACCAGGAACCUCUCAGUCUUAAAAAGUCUAGGCUAAUUAUUUGUUCUUCCUAUUUUUUCUUAAUUUUUAUAAUAAGUUCAUCGGUAUUGAUAAAUCAACGGGUACUUAAUGAAUUCAUUCCACCUAUUUUUAUAAGUUACACCCUAGUUUAAACAUUCACCUACUGUAACGUAACUUAGCAGUUGAUGAUUCUUCAGUAUGUCGGGUAGCUUCCAGUGAAACUUUUGUGAACGGUAUGCCUAGAUUAGUGUAGGUUAUUUACCAAUCUAUUUGUUUCCUCUCUAUUCCUGUUGACUUUUUUUUCUUCUUUUAAAAUUAUAACUAUUUUUUGCGUGAAAGAAA